CGCCCGGCAGACUCAGUCAGCAGGCCGUGUUCAAAGGGCUGCCGCACGGAUAAUCGGAUAUUACCACCCCCUCUGCUGGAAGGAUCAUGCCUGCUGAUAGCAUGGAGAAACCCACUGCCUCCCCUAUUGCAGGGGCACCGGCCAGCUCUGCCCAGACCCCCGAUAAACCUAAGAGUGCCAGCGAGCACAGAAAGGUAACCACGGAUGCUAUGCCCACCAUGUGCCCAUCGAUGCCCCCACCUAGAAAAGCUUGGGACCCCCCUGUGCAGCUGACUGUUACUGACCAGUUCUCUUUAUUUUUACAGUCCUCCAAGCCCAUCAUGGAGAAGCGCAGGAGAGCUCGCAUCAAUGAGAGCCUGGGCCAGCUCAAGACUCUCAUCCUGGAUGCUCUGAAGAAAGAUAGCUCUAGACACUCCAAGUUGGAAAAGGCUGAUAUUUUGGAGAUGACCGUCAAACAUCUGAGGAACCUGCAGCGAGUCCAGAUGACAGCUGCUCUGACUGCAGAUCCCUCAGUCCUUGGAAAGUACAGGGCAGGAUUCAAUGAGUGCAUGAAUGAAGUCACCCGCUUCCUCUCCACCUGCGAAGGGGUGAACACCGAGGUCAGGACACGUCUUCUUGGUCAUCUCUCCAGCUGCUUGGGCCAGAUUGUGGCCAUGAAUUACCAACAACCACCUCCAUCCAGCCAACCCAUGCAUGUCCAGCUGCCCUCAGCACCUGUCUCCUCCGCUCCAGUACCCAUGCCCUGCAAGAUGACCACCGCCGAGUCCGUAUCUCCUAAGGUCUUCCAGGGAGGUUUCCAGCUGGUUCCAGCCACUGAUGGACAAUUUGCAUUCCUUAUCCCUAACCCAGCUUAUGCCUCCAGCCCUGGACCUGUUAUCCCUCUCUACGCCAAUGGAAAUGUCACAUCCAGCGGUGGAGUUCAAGCCCCAUCUCCAGUGCAAGGACUCACCACUUUCAGCCACAAGAUGCCCCACUUGUCUCAGUCAGUAAGCCCCCUGGGGGUCAGCACUGGACCCGACACUGAGUCUGUCUGGAGACCCUGGUGAAGCCAUCCAUAAGACUGUAUUGAUUGGUUCCGUUGUAUGGGACCUUGCCCUAGAGACAAUCUAACCUAUUUAUUUCCACAUAGGAGGAACUUUUUAUGAUGAAAAUCUUGUAUAAAUGACCCAUUUUGUAAUAAGACAGAAUUUUUUUUUAAAAGUUUUGUACAAUUGGUACAAAUAAUGUGUAAUGCCAAAGUUCUUGUGGUGUUUUUGUGUCAAAAACUUCCCAAACUUGCAGGAGUUUUAUGAAAUAAACUCUUUAAAAUGUA